UUGUUCACUUCUGUACAACAUCUAAUCGCUGAAAGAGUCGUUUGCGGGAACAUUUGUUAAAAAAGUGAGAAAAGAAAUUAAUAAAUAAACAAAAUAAAUAAAAACUAUUUAUAUACUUUUAAAAACUCUGCAACAGGAGAAUGCAGUUAUUCGUGAUCAAUUGAAUGCAGUGAUCCAAAUUUUAGCGGAUCAAACUGUUUUAAUAAAGCAGCUGGUAAAGGAGAAGGGGGAAUCGAAUCCCAUUCGGGGACAGUUCCCUAUAAAACGUGAGGAAGAGCUUGUUGAACUGGAAGAAAAAAUAAAAUUAAAUAGGGACAUUUAUAUAACACCAAUGAAAUCGAUUCUCAAGCCAGCUGGCGUUUUGAGCGGCUUAAACUUUAUUUUGAGUGAGGUAUUUUGUGUUGGCCGGACUCCGUUCUGGUAUUUUUCAGGGUUGUAAUAAUAGUUUUGCUAUCGAUUGUUCCUGGUAAAAUUUUUCUGAAUUAUGUGAAUAUUCGAAUUGUUGUGCCAUAAGUCCGAUUUCAUUGCACAUUACGACCCAUUGCGUGUCAGACACUCCACGCUCUAUUUCGGUGACCCUUGAUUUUGGACAUCGCAAUUUAAAUGUAAAUAUUAAUAUAGACAGUAUGAGCAGCGAGAAUUUGCAGGUUAGCUCUAGCACCGGAACCAGCACACAAUCUUCGCAAUCUACCCCGAAUGCUUCAGUCUCCAGCAACAUAUCCGAUGGAGAGAACUCGGGCUCAAGGGCUGCUCCCCCCAUGGUGACUGCUGGAGGAAUUCUAAAUCGCAUCGUUUCGGGAAUUAGGUCUGCGUACCUUGAGAUACUAGUCCGGAUACCAAUGGUGGUGCCCCGUAAUAAUCGCUCCGAUUCAACAUCGAAUCGUGCUCCAGAGGCGGCGAUUGGCUUGCGCACUCCCAACUCCCUCUCAACAGACAGGAUUAGGGCCCCAUCUACCAGUCGGCGUCGCCGCCACGCCAGCACCAAUACCGCUACCACAGGUCCCACUGCAUCGGAUGCCGAAGUCAGCGGUCCGUCGAGACCGAAGCGCCAGCGCACCGACUCAAACGAGUCCUUGGAAGAAACCUACAAUUGCCCCAUUUGUUUCGAGAGCGUAUCGAGCCGAGAUCCAGUGGCCACCAAAUGCGGACACGUUUUCUGCCGCCAAUGCAUUCGCACUGUCAUACGCCGCUUUCACAAGUGUCCCGUGUGCAGGAUGCGCUCGACCCUGAGGCAGCUUAAAUCUAUUACUAUGUAGACCUGUCCUUCAAGUCAUCCCA